CAGAGCCUUUUGGGGCGCGCUGGUAAGGUGGGAGGGGGUGGGGGCUGGACGAUUUGAUUCUUUCGCGUGUGUGUAGAAGCGGCCGCCGCCGCCGCCGCGGCGGAGACGACAACAACUUGCUCGUUUUCAGGUUGGGUUAACGGCAUGGAGAACAGUCACCCCCACCACCACCACCAGCAGCCCCCGCCGCAGCCCGGCCCUUCGGGCGAGAGGAGGAACCACCAUUGGAGAAGUUACAAGUUGAUGAUUGACCCGGCUCUGAAAAAGGGACACCAUAAACUGUACCGCUACGAUGGGCAGCAUUUCAGCCUGGCGAUGUCCAGCAACCGCCCGGUGGAAAUUGUCGAAGAUCCCCGGGUGGUCGGGAUCUGGACCAAAAACAAGGAGCUGGAGCUGUCGGUGCCCAAAUUCAAGAUCGAUGAGUUCUACGUGGGCCCGGUGCCUCCGAAGCAGGUGACAUUUGCCAAGCUGAAUGAUAACAUCCGAGAAAACUUCCUGAGGGACAUGUGCAAGAAGUAUGGGGAAGUGGAGGAGGUGGAGAUUUUGUACAACCCUAAGACCAAGAAGCACUUGGGCAUUGCCAAGGUGGUCUUUGCCACGGUCAGGGGAGCCAAGGAGGCGGUUCAGCACUUGCAUAGCACUUCGGUCAUGGGCAAUAUCAUCCACGUGGAGCUGGACACCAAAGGGGAAACCCGAAUGCGGUUUUACGAACUGUUGGUCACAGGCCGAUACACACCUCAGACCCUCCCUGUGGGUGAGCUGGAUGCUAUCUCUCCCAUCGUGAAUGAGACCCUGCAGUUGUCAGAUGCCCUGAAGCGCCUCAAGGAUGGUGGUCUGUCUACAGGCUGUGGCUCUGGCUCAUCCUCUGUCACCCCAAAUAGUGGUGGGACACCCUUCUCCCAGGACACUGCUUACUCCAGCUGUCGCCUGGACACACCCAACUCCUAUGGACAGGGCACACCGCUCACACCACGCCUGGGCACCCCCUUCUCGCAGGAUUCCAGCUACUCCAGCCGCCAGCCCACACCCUCCUACCUCUUCAGCCAGGACCCCACGGUGACCUUCAAGGCUCGGCGCCACGAGAGCAAGUUUACUGAUGCCUACAAUCGCCGCCAUGAGCAUCAUUAUGUCCACAACUCUUCUGCCGUCACUGUGGUGUCAGGGGCCACAGCCACCUUCAGGGGCUCCGUGGACCUCCCAUUUGGGGCAGUCGGCAGCAGUGGGGCCAGUGGCGGCCCUCCAUUCAAGGCCCAACCACAGGAUUCAGCCACGUUUGCCCACACUCCACCACCUGCCCAAGCAACCCCUGCUCCUGGAGUCACGUUCAAGUCGGCUUUCUCUCCCUAUCAGACCCCUGUGCCUCCUUUCCCCCCACCGCCGGAGGAGCCCACCACCACAACCGCCUUUGGCGCCCGUGACAGUGGGGAGUUCCGGAGAGCGCCCGCGCCCCCGCCCCCGCCGCCCACUGAGCCCCUGACCAAGGAGAAGCCGGGCACGCCACCCGGCCCACCGCCCCCUGAUGCCAACAGCAUGGAGCUGGGUGGCCGGCCGACUUUUGGCUGGAGUCCCGAGCCCUGUGACAGUCCAGGCACUCCGACGCUGGAGUCCUCACCUGCGGGGCUGGAGAAGCCCCACGACAGCCUGGACUCGCGCAUCGAGAUGCUGCUGAAGGAGCAGCGAACCAAGCUACCUUUCCUUCCAGAACAGGACUCGGACACGGAGCUACAGAUGGAGGGCAGCCCCAUCUCCUCCUCUUCCUCCCAGCUUUCCCCACUGGCCCCCUUCGGCACUAACUCCCAGCCAGGUUUUAGAGGCCCCACACCACCUUCUUCACGCCCCUCCAGCACCGGCCUGGAGGAUAUCAGCCCUACGCCACUGCCAGACUCGGAUGAGGAUGAUGAGCUUGACCUGGGGCUAGGGCCUCGGCCCCCGCCUGAGCCCGGCCCUCCAGACCCCACUGGUCUUCUGGGCCAGACAACUGAGGUGGCCUUGGACCUGGCUGGAGACAGGACCCCAACCUCAGAGAAGAUGGAUGAGGGCCAGCAGUCCUCUGGUGAGGACAUGGAAAUCUCAGAUGACGAGAUGCCCUCCGCCCCCAUCACCAGUGCCGACUGUCCCAAGCCCAUGGUGGUGGCCCCAGGGGCGGCGGCUGUGGGAGCCCCUUCCGUGCUGGCCCCGAACCUGCCGCUGCCCCCACCCCCCGGCUUCCCACCACUGCCCCCACCCCCGCCCCCACCUCCGCCACAGCCCGGCUUCCCCAUGCCCCCACCGCUGCCGCCCCCGCCGCCCCCACCGCCCCCGUCCCACCCAGCAGUGACAGUACCCCCACCACCUCUGCCGGCGCCACCCGGUGUCCCGCCCCCACACAUCCUGCCGCCCCUGCCACCCUUCCCGCCGGGGCUCUUCCCAGUGAUGCAGGUGGACAUGAGCCACGUGCUGGGCGGCCAGUGGGGCAGCAUGCCCAUGUCCUUCCAGAUGCAAACACAGAUGCUGAGCCGUCUGAUGACCGGCCACGGCGCCUGUCCCUACCCACCCUUCAUGGCAGCUGCGGCUGGGCUGCAGUUUGUCAACCUGCCCCCCUACCGGAGCCCCUUUUCCCUGAGCAACACAGGCCCGGGCCGUGGGCAGCCCUGGCCACCCCUGCCCAAGUUUGACCCGUCAGUGCCGCCACCGGGCUACAUGCCACGCCAGGAGGACCCACACAAGGCCACCGUGGAUGGUGUCCUGCUGGUGGUGCUGAAGGAGCUUAAGGCCAUCAUGAAGCGUGACCUGAACCGCAAGAUGGUGGAGGUGGUGGCCUUCCGGGCCUUUGACGAGUGGUGGGACAAGAAGGAGCGGAUGGCUAAGGCCUCACUGACCCCCGUGAAGUCGGGUGAGCACAAGGACGAGGACCGGCCGAAGCCCAAGGACCGAAUCACCUCCUGCCUGCUGGAGUCGUGGAGCAAGGGCGAGGGCCUGGGCUACGAGGGCCUGGGCCUGGGCAUCGGGCUGCGCGGGGCCAUCCGCCUGCCUUCCUUCAAGGUCAAGAGGAAGGAGCCACCGGACGCAGCCUCGUCCGGAGACCAGAAGCGGCUGCGGCCCUCAACCUCCGUGGACGAGGAAGAUGAAGAGUCAGAGCGGGAGCGGGAUCGAGACAUGGCAGACGCCCCCUGCGAGCUUGCCAAGCGGGACCCCAAGGGUGUGGGGGUGCGGCGGCGGCCGGCUCGGCCCCUGGAGCUGGACAGCGGCGGGGAGGAGGAUGAGAAGGAGUCGUCGGCGUCCUCGUCAUCGUCAGCGUCCUCCUCCUCGGGCUCCUCGACGACCUCACCCUCGUCCUCGGCCUCCGACAAGGAGGAGCAGGAAAGCACAGAGGAGGAGGAGGAGGAGGAAGAGGAGGGGGAGGAAGAGGAUGAAGUCCCCAGAAGCCAGAUCUCCUCCUCCUCCACCUCCUCCACGUCGGACAAGGAUGAUGACAAUGACGACAGCGAUGGCCAGGAAGAGUCCAAGAAUGAUGACGAAGACUUGCCAGCCCUGUCGGAGGCGAGUGACAAGGACGAAGGGGACUCAGAUGGAGAGGAGACGGCGAGCAUCCCCACCGGCAAGGACGAAGCCGCAUCCUCCAGCGAGAGUUCUGAGUCUUCGGAGUUUGAAUCAAGCUCUGAGUCCUCGUCCUCAUCGUCGGAGGAUGAAGAAGAGCAAGAAGAGCGGGUGGCAGGGGAGAAGGAGGAGGUGGAGGAGGAAGAGGAAGAAGCAACAACAGAUGAGAGCGUGGCUCCCGCCAUUCCCGAGGAGAACUUUGAGGAGGAGGUGGCCAUGAGGGCACCCUCGAUGGAGUCCGUGGGCACAGAAGAGGACGUGGACGUCGAGGCUGAGGACGAAGCCUCCGAGGAGCGGACCCCCAUGCGGGAAGAGCCCCCCCUGCCCACGGGUGUGAAGGAGCUGGCCGGCUGCAAAGAGCCCCCCAAGGAGCCAGGCGUGAACCAGGACGGGGCCAGGCCACUGUCUCCAGAGCCUCCUGCGAAUGACACGAAGGCCUGCCCCCCGCCGUCCCCGGAGCCCACCCGAGGGGAGGACCUGGAAGCGAAGCCCGAGCCUCCUGUGCUGCUCUCCUUACCCCUGCAGCCACCGUUGCCACCCCCUCGCCCCCCGCGGCCACCUAGCCCACCACCCGAGUCUGAGACCCCAGAGCCCCCGCACCCACCUGCCCCUCUGGAGCCUCCCCCCGAGGACCAGCCCCCACGUACUCCAGGCGUUUGUGGCAGCCUGGCCAAGUCGCAGAGCACUGAGACAGUGCCGGCCACCCCAAGCGGGGAGACCCCGCUGUCGGGGGCCAGCAGCAGCCUGUCACUGAGCUCCCCGCAGGUGCCCAGCAGCCCCUUCUCCUACCCGUCCCAGUCACCGAGCUUGAGCAGCGGGGGCCUCCCGAGGACACCUGGCCGGGACUUUAGCUUCACGCCCACCUUCCCUGAGCCCGGAGGACCCCUGCUCCUGCCCAUCUGCCCCCUCCCAGCUGGCCGCCGCGAUGAACGGUCUGGCCCUCUGCCCUCCCAGGUGCUCCUGGAGACGGGCUUGCCUCUCCCUCUGCCCUUGCCCCUGCCCCUGCCCCUGGCGUUGCCUGUGCCUGUCCUGCGGCCCCAAGCUCGGGCCCCUGGCCAGCUGCCACCCCUGCUACCCGCCCCUAUGGCCCCCUGCCCGCCCCCCAUAAAGAGGAAGCCGGGCAGGCCCCGGCGAUCCCCGCCAGCCAUGCUCUCCUUGGAUGGGUCCUUGGUCCGGCCACCAGGGGGUGCCGCCCUUGGCAGGGACCUUCUACUCUUGCCAGGCCAGCCACAGACCCCUGUCUUCCCCAGCACCCAUGAUCCCCGGGCUGUGACCCUGGACUUCCGGAACACAGGGAUCCCAGCCCCCCCUCCACCCCUGCCUCCCCAGCCUCCCCCACCUCCACCCCCACCACCCGUUGAGCCCACCAAGCUGCCCUUUAAGGAGCUAGAGAACCAGUGGCUCUCCGAGACCAUCCCUCCGGGUCCCCGCGGGCGUGAUGAAGUCACCGAGGAGUUCAUAGACCUGGCCAAGGUUCGAGGUUCCUGGCGCCGGCCACCUAAGAAGCGCCACGAGGACCUGGUGGCCUCGGCCUCGCCCGAGCUCUCCCCACCGCAGCCCCUCUUCCGGCCCCGGACAGAGUUUGAGGAGAUGACCAUCCUGUAUGACAUCUGGAACGGCGGCAUCGACGAGGAGGACAUCCGCUUCCUGUGUGUCACCUACGAGCGGCUGCUGCAGCAGGACAAUGGCAUGGACUGGCUCAAUGACACACUCUGGGUCUACCAUCCCUCCACCAGCCUCUCUUCAGCUAAGAAAAAGAAACGGGAUGAUGACAUCCCGGAGCACGUGACAGGCUGUGCCCGCAGCGAGGGCUUCUACACCAUCGACAAGAAGGACAAGAUCAGAUACCUCAACAACACCCGCGCCAGCACAGAUGAGCCCCCCACAGACACCCAGGGCAUGAGCAUCCCGGCGCAGCCGCACGCCUCCACCCGGGCCGGCUCGGAGCGGCGGUCGGAGCAGCGCCGCCUGCUGUCCUCCUUCACUGGCAGCUGUGACAGUGACCUGCUCAAGUUCAACCAGCUCAAGUUCCGGAAGAAAAAGCUCAAGUUCUGCAAGAGCCACAUUCACGACUGGGGCCUGUUCGCCAUGGAGCCCAUCGCGGCCGAUGAGAUGGUCAUCGAGUACGUGGGCCAGAACAUCCGCCAGGUGAUCGCCGACAUGCGGGAGAAACGCUACGAAGAUGAGGGCAUCGGGAGCAGCUACAUGUUCCGGGUGGACCACGACACCAUCAUCGACGCCACCAAGUGCGGCAACUUUGCGCGCUUCAUUAACCACAGCUGCAAUCCUAACUGCUACGCCAAGGUGAUCACGGUGGAGUCACAGAAGAAGAUUGUCAUCUACUCCAAGCAGCACAUCAAUGUCAAUGAGGAGAUCACCUAUGACUACAAGUUCCCCAUCGAGGACGUCAAAAUCCCCUGCCUCUGCAGCUCCGAGAACUGCCGGGGGACCCUCAACUAGGCCCGGCGCCCAGCAGAAGGAUGUCAGCCGUCGCCAGGGCUCCCGGAGUGGACCCUCGUGGCCCCGGGGCCUGGCCCCACCUCCCACCCCCAUUUCAGGUGCUGUCCUCUACCCAGCGGCCAUGUCAGGGCCUGGCGCCCCCAACACUACCCCCAGGACCCCGGCUCCAGCCCCUCAGUGGGAAAGGGCUUCUCUGUCUGUCAGCCUGUGUCUUGUCGUUUUUUAAAGUGCUCCCUCGAGGGUUUUUGUCCGACUCCACCAUGAACUCUGUUCCUUGUCGCUCCCUCAUCUCCCUGUCUUUUCUUUCCCGUCUUUAUCAUCAGCCUCUUUCCAUGAAUGCUGCUACGUUGUUUUGUCUUCCCUUUAUUUUCUUUCUUAUCAUAAGAAAAGACAUUUUAACCGUUGAAAUGUGAAGGCAGAACCAGAGAGUGGGACCCCAGCGGGGGCUGCAGAGGCCCACGCUCUGGAACCCCGGGCCGGUGCUGCAGAGAGGAGGGGGCCCAGCCGGGCGGCUUUACCCACAGAACACUAUGGAAGGCCCCCCUCUGCCAGUGGACUCAGUGAGAAGACCCUCCUACAGACCCCUACCCCAGGCUGUUCCUCCCCCGGCCGUCUGGGGGCGCCGUUUCCCCUCGCAGACCCUGGCGGAACCAAGCUGGUCCCAGGCAGGGAUUUCCCCUCUGGGCUCUCUGCCACCCCGCACCCUGCCACCUCCCAAGUCUUGGGUUCAAUGUUUACUUUCUCAUUCAAAUGCCAGCAAUGAGGGCCCCUCCAGGAGGCCCCGGUGUGGGCAGGUGGGCACUGGGAAGGGUCUUGUCUGCUCUUCCCUGUCCUCACCUUCACAGGUGAGAGGGCCUCCCGGGCAGGGGGGCCCCGGCUCGCCAUUACGGGUGUCUGGCCGUGUAUGCGUGUGGGAUUUUUCGUUUGUAAGCUUCACCUGCUCACCCCCAGCCCGCACCCCGAUUCACCCUGCCAGCAACCCCUUACCCAGGAUGUCAAGAGCAUAUUUAUUUUCGGAGGGAGAUUAUUUCUCCAAGAGAAAGGAAAAUCUUGUAAACGAUUUUAAACCUAACAGGUUUUCUUUUCUUUCUUUUUUUAACCCUUUGUACCCCCUUUCCCAUCAUCCUCUUCAGGGUUUACGUCCAUGGAUUAUUUUUUCUUGUGCGUGUAUAAAAAUCAAAUCGAAGGGGGGGGUCAGUUUUUGAAGUUCAGAACCAACUUCUGUAUAUAGGCUGCCAUAAAGGACUUUUUCUCGGGAACAUUGUUUCUUGUGGAAACAUGUGGGAAGACUUUUCUGCUCAUUUCUUUGUACUUCCGAAAGAACCACACACAGAUCCCCCGCGCCCAGAACGCAGGACAGGCGUGUACAUAAUUUAUGGAAAGUGACUGUCGUGACCAGGACUCGUCCUCACCCGGAUGGGAGAGCUCCCGGGGGGCUGGCUGCCCCCCUGCGGCCAGGCCCGGCCUCUGCUAUCUCAGCUUGUGUCAAGCUUGUUAUCAUGUAAAUUCUGUACAAAGAAUUGUUAUUUCUCUCUCUCUCUCUC